UCCAUCGUUUGUCCCAGAUCACUGGGUCCAGUGGGGAUUCAGCCCCGCACCCUGGAGCCUGCGGUGCCGGGUUCCACCUGCUGCACCUCCACGCACGGGCUGAAGGCCCGGCCCCAUGGAUGAGCUGGUGCAGGACCUGGCGUCGGCACUGGAGCAGAGCUCGGAGCAGGCCAGGCUGGGGCAGCUGUGGGCACAGGUGGCGCUCGGCCCCCGGCAGCAGCGGCGCCAGCUGCGCAAGCGGCGCGGCCGGAAGCGGCGCUCGGACCCGGCGCACCCGGAGCGCGCCUGCUGCUACAGCGAGGCCUCGGAGUCCAGCCUGGAGGAGGUGGCCCGGGACCCCCGCGACGCGGCGCUCGGCAACUCGGACGACACGCGGAUGGCACGGCGCCACCCGGCCCUGGGCACCCUGCUCAAGGGCCGGCUGCGCACCUGGCCGGAGUCCGACUCGCUCACUGAUGGCACCCCCUGCCGGCCGCGCCGCCGCCGCAAGGUCAGGCGAGUGACCUCGGAGGUGGCCGCCAGCCUCCAGCAGAAGCUCAAGGUGUCGGACUGGAGCUGCGAGCACGGCUGCCGCUUCAAGUCGGCCAAGAAGCAGCGCCUGUCGCGCUGGAAGGAGAACUCGCCCUGGGCCCCGGUGGGCCGUGGGCUUUGCGAGGCUGCGGAGGGCAGGACGUUCCUGGGCCGGGCCUCCAGGACCGAGCGCGCCCAGGGCGAGGCAGAGGAGCAGAAGCCGGGCUCCGAUGACCACAUGUCCGAAUGUGACACCAGCAGCGUGUGCAGCAGCAGUGACGCCGGGCUCUUCACCAAUGACGAAGGACGGCAAGGUGACGAUGAACAGAGCGACUGGUUCCAUGAGGGAGAGUGUGUCCCGGGAUUCUCUGUCCCCAGUCUCCUGCCCAAGUGGACCCCUGAGCACUGCCCGGACGUCGAGAGAAUGGAUUCUGGGCUGGAGAAGCUCUCAGACUCCAUGUUCCUGCUACCUUCUCGGCCGGCUCGCAGAGGCUGCCACGCCCGCUUGCACCGUCUCCCCGGAGCAGCAGCCAGAUGUCUCCGAAGAGGGCGCAGACGGCUGGCCGGGAAGGAGCCCAGCCUGAGCGCCCUGGGUGCGGAGCGAAUCGGCCCUCGGCAGAAAGAUUUCUGGUUACCAUCAUCUGGGAAAACAGAACGAAACCAGUUCAGCCCCCUGUCUCCCCUCUACUCCCUGGAGGUUCUUGCUGAUGCCUCUCACCGGACAUGCUCCACAGCACACUGCUCUGCCAGGCUGCUGCACAGGAUGUCGGCAGACGAGAGGCUGCGGGGCCCGGGCCGCGGCUCCUUCAUCAAGACCGAGCCCCCCUCCAGCCCGUCCUCCGGCCCCGACGGCCUGAGCCACCACAGCCCCAGCGGCUCCUCGGACGCCAGCGGCUUCGGCCUGGCCCUGGGCGCCCACGCCGGCGGGCUGGACUCGCCCCCCAUGUUCGGGGGCGCGGGGCUGGGGGGCCCUCCGUGCCCCCGCAAGGCCUUCGAGGACUGCGGCGGGGGGCUGGCGGAGGAGGCCGUCAAGUGCGAGUACAUGCUGAGCGCCAUCCCCAAGCGGCUGUGCCUGGUGUGCGGGGACGUGGCCUCCGGCUACCACUACGGCGUGGCCUCCUGCGAGGCGUGCAAGGCCUUCUUCAAGAGGACCAUCCAAGGGAACAUCGAGUACAGCUGCCCGGCCACCAACGAGUGUGAGAUCACCAAGCGGAGACGCAAGUCCUGCCAGGCCUGCCGCUUCAUGAAGUGCCUCAAAGUGGGGAUGCUGAAGGAAGGUGUGCGCCUGGACCGUGUGCGUGGAGGCCGCCAGAAGUACAAGCGACGGCUGGAUGCAGACAGCAGCCCCUACCUGAGCCUGCAGGUGGCCCCACCCAGCAAGAAGCCCCUGACCAAGAUUGUGUCCUACCUGCUGGUGGCGGAGCCGGACAAGCUGUAUGCCAUGCCGCCGCCCGGCAUGCCCGAGGGGGACAUUAAGGCCCUGACCACGCUCUGUGACCUGGCCGACCGCGAGCUGGUGGUGAUCAUCGGCUGGGCCAAGCACAUCCCAGGUUUCUCCAGCUUGUCUCUGAGCGACCAGAUGAGCCUGCUGCAGAGCGCCUGGAUGGAGAUCCUCAUCCUGGGCGUGGUGUUCCGCUCGCUGCCCUACGAGGACAAGCUGGUGUAUGCGGAGGACUACAUCAUGGACGAGGAGCGCUCGCGCCUGGCCGGGCUGCUGGAGCUGCACCGCGCCAUCCUGCAGCUGGUGCGCAGGUACAAGAAGCUCAAGGUGGAGAAGGAGGAGUUCGUGACGCUCAAGGCCCUGGCGCUGGCCAACUCAGACUCCAUGUACAUCGAGGACCUGGAGGCGGUGCAGCGGCUGCAGGACCUGCUGCACGAGGCGCUGGCCGAGUACGAGCUGAGCCGCCGCCAGGAGGAGCCGCGCAGGACGGGCGCGCUGCUGCUCACGCUGCCGCUGCUCAGACAGACGGCCGCCAGGGCCGUACAGCACUUCCAUGGCGUCAAGCUGCAGGGCAAGGUGCCCAUGCACAAGCUCUUCCUCGAGAUGCUCGACGCCAAGGUCUGAGCACGGACAGACACCCACCCGCCUGGACAGAUGGACAACUACCUGCCUGGACAGGUCAGCGCCUGCAGCCCCUCAGACACCCACCUGCCUGGACACAAGGACACCUGCCCACCCAGACAGAUAGACGCCCACCUGCCUGGAAGCAAAGACACCCACUCACUCAGACAGACGGACACCCGCCUGCCUGGAAGCAAGGGCACCUGCCCACCCAGACAGACGGACACCCACCUGCCUGGAAGCAAGGGCACCUGCCCACCCAGACAGACGGACACCCACCAGCCACGGACUCCUGGGUGCCGGGCCAGGCAAGCAGAGGCAGGGCUUCUGGAUGCCCCACUUCUUCCAGAUGUUUCUCCUUGCACCCACCAGGGCUGACCGUGGGUGCCCAGCACCUUGCCCACACCAGUCCACUCAGUGGGCAGUGCCCACCGCUGCCCUGGACAGCUGCUCUCCCGUCCUAGGCUGCUCGGCCUGGGGCUCCCUGGGACCCUUAGAAGCCAAAGAUGGCCUCCCCUUGUGCCGGCCCCGACCCCCUCCCUCCUCUCCCUGCCCACCACUGCUGUCAGAGACCCUGGGGUCGUGCCUGCAGCACCCCGGGGGCCCCAGCACCCCAGCCUCCCCCCACCUGCUGCCUUAGGGCAGAGGGCUUCCAGAGGGGCACGAGUGUCACCGGCCAUAGCUUGGACUUCAAGGGGGAGCAGCUUUUGGGAGUUCCUGGUGCCCUGCAGGCCCACUCAGUGUGGGGGACAGGCUCCUAGGUGCCCAGGAAUGUCUGCUUUUUAGUACCAAAAAGCCCAGCACACCCCUGUCCCCAGCAGGUGCCCGGGUGGCUGGGACAGUCCUGAUUGCCCAGCAGUGGAAGUGGCUGCUCUGAUUGGCCAGAGGCAGGGGGACGAGGACAAGCCCACCCCAGUGAGCACCCCCACCCACCCACCAGGGACACUAGGGUCCAGGGUCCCUCCUCCACAGUCCCCUACCCUGGCCACCCAGGCUGGGUGCACUGUCAUCCCAGGCAGGGGGCUGGCUCUGCUGUCCCCAUAGAAGGUUCCAGAAGCUGUAAAGCCAGUGUGCUCCCCUGGGGAGGCUGUGCAUGGUCACCAUCAGAGACCUCACUCCUCGUCUCUGCCAGGUCACUGGGGCCUGUCACCAUCUUGGAAGGACGGAGCUGCCCCAGAGCCAGCUGGGGUGGCACCUGCCCAGGGACCCGUGCCCUCAGUGUCAGCCGUGUGCCAUCCACCUUCCGCAGGACAAGCAUCUCUGGCUUCCUGGACAAUGCCAGGCUGUGGUGUCUGGGCCCUCUGGACAGGACAGCUCACAGACACCCUAGCAUGGGGAAGGGGUCCUUGUAGCUGGGGGUGGGGGUGUUCAGAUGCCACACUGCUACCACCAUGCCUCCAGUGGCAGUGGGAGACAUCUGAGUGACUUGAGCCUCGAGGCACAUGGGAACCAUGGGGGUGGGGGGUUCUGAGCUCGAAGCCCCAUCAAUGCGGGGACCUGUCUGGGAAGUGGGGUGCCCUGGUUCUUGGGGGGCUAGUGGGGCCAGGACAAUUCAGGCACCCCAGGCAUCAGAGUGGAAGGCAGGCCAGCUCCCUGCAGGCUGCUGAAUCUCAUGUAGGGAGAAGCGAGAAGCUGAUCCUGGCUGGAGUUUGUGAGCAGCGAAGUCGUGCUUCCUGGUCCCAGGUCGCCAGCUAAGAGCCAGAGGAGGUGCUGAGACACAGCAGGACUUCAGGUGGCUGGGCAGAGCCUCGGGGAGCCGACAUUGUGGGGACACCCUCUCCCCCUCACCUCCCCUCUGCUGGGGCAGGCAGGCAGGUGUGCAGGCGGGAGGCUGGGCUUGGUGAGCCACCUUUGACCAGAGGAGGGCGGGGCUGUCCCCAGGGACAGCACCAAAGACAACCGAUAUGUGGAGAGAUUGUUUUAUUUUCUGAUAACACAGCUGGAAUGGCUUCUUAA